CGGCUUUAGCCCUUAAAGACUCCCUUGUCCGGGUUCACCAGGGACUCUAUUGAGGCUGAAGGCCAUGGGUCGACCUUUUAACUUGUGAAUUGGGCACGGGGGACAAGGUCGUGUAGAAACAGAUGAGGUUUGUGGUAGUGAACAUCAAAUGUGUUCACAAUGCCAUUUUGGGCCGGAUUGGAAUAAACAAGGUCCAUGGGAUCAUUUCCAUGCCCUAUCUCUAUAUGAAGUUUUAUACCCCGGGUGGUAUAGGGCAGGUCAAAGGAGAUCAAAAGAAGGCCCGGUCUUGUUACCUGGAAGCUGUGAAGAAGAUGACCAAGGCCUUUGAAAGGGUUACCUUGGUUUCCCAAGAAGAAGAGCGGUCAAAGCUGGAACCGGGUGAUGAGACCGAGCAGAUUGUUCUCCGGGAAGCAUUCCUGGAAAGAAUUGUGAAGAUAAGCCGAGACUUGCCUGGAGGGCUUCGAGAGGAAGUCAUCUCAGUCCUCCGGGAAUUUGCUGACAUAUUCGCCUGGAGUGUGGCGGAUAUGCCGGGCAUCGACCGGUCCGUUAUCUGCCAUCAGUUGGCCGUAAUCGAAGGCAGCCGACUGUUCAAGAUUGAGUAUAAACCAAGGACUGCAAUCAAGGGUCAAGCUCUGACUGACUUGCUUGUUGAACUGACCGGUCUGGAGCCUGAACUUACCAACAAUGAAGCGGAGGCACUUGAGAUAAAGAGGAUGAAAAUCCGUUCUGAUUCAAGUCUGGUCGUUGGACAGGUCAAGGGUGAGAUGGAAGUCAAAGAAGAACGUCUGGCUCGAUAUAGUGACCUGGUCCGAGCACUUCUGAGGGAGUUAGAGGAGUUUCGUCUGACCAGGAUACCCCGGUCAAAAAACACUGAUGCUGACAUGCUUUCCAAGUUAAUGCAAGCUUGCCCAGAGCAUGUCUCAAAGUUGGCCAAAAUCGAAAUAUUGGACCAACCUAGCUAGUGCUGACUGGUUUGAAGUCGCAGCUAUCCAACCAGGCUAGAGUUCAGCGAUUGGGAUAAUUGAAGCGGAUGAUGACUGGAGGUACGAUCUCAUGGAGUAUUUGGAGACCGGUCUGAAACCAGAUGACGAAGAACGGGUCAGGAAAGUAGUCCUUCGGGCUCCUCGGUUUCAGGUACUAGACGGUCACCUAU